CUCUGACCUUAGAGCUAUGGCUCUCCACAUACACACUUUAUGGUGCUCACUUUACAUUUGGACUGGAAAGUCUGUCACUGAGAAAUUAACAGUUUGCCUCAGAUAAAAUAACCUAAAGCUGUCACCUUGUCUCUAGUCCUCUGCCAGAUCUACAAUUGUGAUGCAGCAGGACAGAGAGAGUGGCAAGUUCCUGCCCUGUGAACCUCUCAGAUGAGAAGAGGCUUACAAACAUCAGUCCCAGAACAAAACCAGCAGGGGCAGCAGAGGGAGAACGCAACAUGUACAUGUCCACACGAUGCCAACAUUGAGGUACUGAUUGCUUCAGUUCAAAGAACCUUGCACUGCAAGCACAGAAAAAGAUCCUGAGUAAAAUGGCUACCAAAACUAUGGCUAACAUGCUCAUCGAUGACACAAGCAGUGAAAUUUUUGAUGAGUUAUAUAAAGUAACUAAAGAACAUACAAGGAACAAGAAGGAAGCUCACAAAAUUAUGAAGGACUUGAUUAAAGUAGCAAUAAAAAUUGGGAUCCUCUACCGAAACAAUCAGUUCAACCAAGAAGAGCUGGAAAUUGUAGACAAAUUCAGAAAGAAGCUGAAUCAGACAGCCAUGACAAUUGUCAGUUUUUAUGAAGUAGAAUACACCUUUGAUAGAAAUGUUCUCUCAGAACUUCUGAAUGAAUGUAAAGACCUGGUGCACGAACUUGUAGAGCGACACCUGACACCCAGGUCCCAUGGGCGUAUCAACCAUGUCUUCGACCAUUUUGCAGAUGUGGAAUUCCUCACUGCCCUGUAUAGCCUUGAUGGGGAUUGCAGACCAUACCUCAAAAAAAUUUGUGGUGGGAUCAACAAACUACUGGAUGAGAAAAUCCUUUGAAACUUUGCCUUUUAUGAAACAAAAACUCACUCCUAGAGCUGCACCAAACUUGCCAAACUUGGUGAGUUGUGGCAAAGCUUGUGAGCUUCCUUCCUACCAUCCUUCUACUACACAGACUUCAUCAGAAAUCAGCACGUGCUCACUUGGCUUAUUAUGAAGAAAAAAACCCCUUAAAAUCAGAAAGCUACUAAUGGCAAUUCUAAGUCCACAGGGCUUUCAGCCUUUUCAAAGGAAGGGAUCAAUGGGGAUGCUGAUGCUUAUUAUGCGGAACAAAGAUCACAGCACAUCAUGACCUCAGUAUCCUGUUGUGUGAAAAUAAACCUCACUUCAAGACACAUGAAUGUGUCAAAAAUAGAAGGGGAAAGGCA